CUUUCUUUGCCAAAUUGAACUUCAAAGCCAAGAAGUUUGUCUAGUAUUUAAAAUACAGACAUUCAAUAUUUCCUUUGUGUGUAUAAAAAGAUGUUCUGUUACAAAGGUUGUAACAGAACAAUCAUCAUUAGGCCUUUCAGUUCCUAGCCAUAUUCUUCCCAAUGGCUCUCUCUGUUAUCAGAUCAAGUCGAAGCCUAGUAACUCCAUCUCGGCAAACACCUUCUGACGUUCUUGAGUUAUCAUUCAUUGAUAAAGUACCGGUUCUCAGAUGCUAUACUCGCACAUUGCAUGUCUAUAGACAUGGCCCUAAAGCACCGAAAGUCAUUAGGGAAGCCUUGUCAAAGGCCUUGGUACCCUACCACCCCCUUGCAGGACGGCUGAAGGAGUCCGGUGAAAAUCAAGUUCAGGUUGAAUGUUCAGGAGAAGGCGCGUGGUUUGUUGAGGCAUCAGCUGAUUGUACCCUCGAUUCCGUUAAUUACUUUGAUAAUGCUUUGUCCAUUCCUUGUGAUGAACUUCUCCCUGAUCAAGUUCCAAAACGUCAAGGCAUGGAACCCCUUGUACAAAUGCAGGUGACACAAUUUGCAUGUGGCGGUUUUGUCAUAGGCCUCAUAUUUUGUCACACCAUAUGUGAUGGCCUAGGAUCUGCACAAUUCCUGAACGCUGUAGGAGAGUUGGCCAGAGGUCUGGAACAUCUGAGCACUGCGCCACUAUGGCAUAGGGACUUUUUCCCAACCCCGCCGCAACAAGCAAACACAAACGUAUUGCCAACCUUGCCACCCCUAAUGCCUGGCUACCGACUAGAGCACGUGAAUAUAGACAUUUCCAUGGAUGAAAUCAGUGAGCUAAAGCAAGAAUUCCAUGAAUCGACAGGGCAAGGUUGCUCUGCCUUCGAAAUUGUAGCUGCCAAUUUUUGGUGCCUCCGAACAAGAGCAAUAAACUUCGAGCCAAACACUGAAGUACGGCUUCUUUUCUUUGCAAAUUGCCGCCAGCUUUUGGACCCUCCUUUGCCUAAAGGCUUCUAUGGCAACUGUUUCUUUCCAAUAACAAUCGCAGCUCCAUGUGAGUUGCUUAAACAAGCAUCAAUCAUUGAGGUGAUUAAACUGAUACAAGAAGCAAAGACUAAGCUACCUGUUGAUUUUGCCAAAUUCAAGGAUGGUGACUACUUCAGAAAUGGUAAAGACCCCUUUGCACCACCUCUAGGGUACACCACUUUGUUUAUAUCAGAAUGGGGUAGACUGGGAUUCAACCAGGUUGACUUUGGAUGGGGCCCUCCGGUCCACUUGGUUCCAGUUCCUGGCUCUGGUAUCAUCCCUGUUGGCAUAAUGGGGUCACUGCCAUUGCCCAAGAAAGGUAUCCGUUUGAUGACAUGGUGUGUCGAGAAGGACCAUCGCCGGCCCUUCCUGGAUCUGAUUGCAAAACUAGUCUAACAAUUAAAGAACUAAAGAAUGCUUGAACUCCUAUUGCUUUGUUUAGGGACAAAGUGUAAAAAUAAAACAAGAUGGCAAAACAUGUUUUAAACAGUGAUGUGAUUUUUCUUUUCCCUUAUGCUUUUUGUCCCAACUUUGUUCGGGUUUGCUGCGUAGUCGGUGGCUUCACUGACACAAAAGUAAGGAAGAAUUUAGGUUGUUUCAAGGUAAAGUAUUGAAUUACAUUCAACUAUUUUGUCUGUGCACACUGCAAUGGUUUUGAAUGUACUAAGGAAUCUGCAUAUUGGGCCUCA